AUGGCCACAAAGCAAAGACUGACGCUCGCCUCCAUGUGGGCUUUCGAAGACAUAGGGGUUAAGGAGAUAGAGGAAGAGAUCAAGAACACAAUCCUUCAGGUGGAUUCGCUCGAAUAUUUUAAGACAGACGAUGUACUUGUGACCAAAGGCAAUGUCGAGAGCUUUGUCUCAAAGAUCGCAUCUGCAUUUGCCGGCUUCAUCGAAGAGCAGAAAGACAAAGAUCUCCUAGACAUGCCACGAGUGCGCCAACUGGAUGUCCCUGCAGUGCUUUCUGAUGAGGGGGUUCCCGCCAUGAUCACACCUGAGAAGCAUCAAGGGCCGAGUCUGUUGGCGCUGGACGAUGAUUCCGACGAAGAUAUCGUUCCUUACUCGAGAAAUCAUGGUACCAAGUUCUGGAAAUCUCCUAACGGGGGGUUGGGCUGCUUUUCCAGCGACUUUCAUGACGUCCUAGCUGGUGUUGCCACUGCCACAGGCACCGAAAUCGCAAUAGUGGAUGAACUACAAGGCAUACGGGUUUCCGGGACCACCGAGGAUGUGGACGAUGCUCUGACGAAGCUCACUCAAAUUGAGAAGCCCUUGUUAUUCCUUCUCGCUCCCAACGUCACAAACAUCAUGAUAGUCCCACACAAGGACGAUAGCCGCUUCCGCAUCCAGCACUACAACAGCGUGAAUCCUGAUGCUCCCCGUCGUGUCCUUGAGGAUCCAAAAAUGUGUUCUACCAUUGAUUUUGGUCGAAUGUGCGUCACCGUGAGUCUGUCCUUCGACAACGAUUCUCAAGUGUGGACUAUACCCGACAAUCGUCUCAAUCCUCCACGCAUCAGCGAGGAAACUGGACCAUCUCGCAUCUGGAAUGAUUUUACCUUCCAGGAAAUUGGAAAGGCGGACGAGUUCGUUGGCAUCGACUCAAUCAUCGAGAAUGACCCGGCAAAUCCUCAGACCUUGAUCUCUGGCAUUGCACCUCCGCAUCCUUUCCUCACUGCAGACAAGGCCAAGCAAGUUAACCAGUGGGUUGUGGAGAGGGCUGAGAUGCAGCCAACCGAGCAUGGACCCGAGCCCGAGCUUGAGCUUGAGUCUGAUUUCGAGCCUCAGCCCGAACGUGAGCGCCGCGACGUUCCCCAGCCUAACCCCAAGCGCGAGACAACAAUUGCCACUGAAAGCAAAAGACCUCCUGGAGUGAAGACGCGAAAGGCCACAACAACGACCAAGGUUGCAGCGCCAUCCGAGCAUCUUCAAGCAAAUGAAGCCAAGCCGGUGGCCAUCGAUCUCACGCAGACUACUGCCACCCCACGUAAGCGUUGGACUAUGCUGUAUAGUUCCGGCGCGGAGGAUGCAACUCCAGAUGACAGUGACGCGCUUAACUCUGGAAGAUCGAAUUUGAACGAUAUGCUCGAGCUUUCUGGCGAUUUGCUGGUACACGCGAAGCCUCAAACUCCAGAGAACAAAGUACGCCUUCCGGACAAUUUCGACGCUGGCAAGUAUGGUCUGAAUCAGUCUCUUCGCCAAACUCCUAAAGAAAAGAAGAAUAGUCCAACCUUCAAGAGAAUUAUGCCUGUCAAGUCCAAGAGGAAGCCAAGCGACCCUAACGAGCUUAUUGACGUCUUUGGGCCCGCGAAUAAUGCUGCCGUUGGCACUCCAUCUCGAAUCUCGUUCAAUCAGCCUCCGUUAAUUCCUGGCAGCUCGGUCCAUGCGUAUACCUCGAACAACCGAAAUCUGUGUUUGCAGGAGAUGUCUGAUGCGAAUUCUAAAAACAUCAAGUUUGGACUUCCGAGCUGCAGGAUCGACGUUCAUAGCAUUCCUUCUGGAUCUGGCAGCACCGAAUCCAUUUUCGGCCGUGGAGCAAUGGGUGAUGGAAAUCUCCAGGAGCAGGAAAACAGACUGUCAUUUCUGAAAAAAUUCCUUCAAGAUCGGACAGACGAGGUCCCUUAUCCCGGCGGUCAUGGUCAGGCCCGUACGUCCAGGCGCGAAUUCAACAAGCUGCUGGUGAAAGAGAGCCUGGCAAAGCUUGAAACUGCCCAUCGAGACCACGAUAAACAAGUGUCUGAUGAAAUAAGUACCAGAGAGUUCCAUCAUACCAUGGGUCACAAGACGGCAAAGCCAACAAAUAAAGCAAAGAGCAAAGCUGAGGUUAAAGCGAAAAGACAAGCCACGCUUGAGGAUGCUUGGGGGCUCUUCAAAAAGCCAGUCAAGAAACCUUCGGCAGAUGCGCAGACUUUGACAUUUAUGCCGAAGAGUACGAAUAAAAGCGAAACAGAAACCCUCAAUGUGAUUGAGAGCGGAAAGAACGGGAUUGCUAUAGAGUCAGCAGGAAAUAGCAUGACUCAAGAUGUCCAGAAUCUAUUUGAAGCCUUGAAGCCAACAUUGGAAGCUGCUGAAUACUUUCAAGGAUCACUGAACUUGGAAGUUCAGCUCGGGCUGAUAUUGAUACCGCUUCUGCCAAAGACUUGCAGUGAAGGCUCGACACUCUCUUUGACCGAAUGGACGAAGAUCUUCCAGUCACAAACUGGCAUUCCCUCUCCGACAACCAAGUUUAUCAGCCGACUUACGACCUCUGGAACUGAUGCUGAUCAUCUGGUUGAUCUGAAGACAUCUGCAUCAGAAGGGAAAAGGCGCAUUUUUGAGCAGGACUACAGUGAAUACAAUGUGUACUACGAGUUCCACUGUCGCACUGGAACCGGUCAUCUGCUCAUCAUAUCGGUGGAUGAGCAAGGGAAAUUCACCAUCAAAAAGCCCUCCGCUGCGCUUGGUGCUGUCAAUUUGCACUUCCCAUGUCAAGUCUGGGAUGCAAGUGUCGUUCUCAGUGGUACCCCAAACGACGCAGCCGUUGACCGAGAGUUCGAAGAAGCAGCCAAGUACCUCAUUGAGCACCUGUGGGUUCAACCAGAUACCUCACUGGUUCAAAUCUUCACGCGGCUACCUCCAGGCGACAAGAUUACCGUUGAGAAAGUCUAUAUGAAACGUUGGACGCGCCAUCGCUUCAUCCGCCCUCCAAACAUCAUUAUUACCGGCGAGGUGGCCAGUCAUAUCAGGAGCAAUAGUGCUAUGACAGCUGAGACUGACUUGAAUAGCGAUGCCACUAGUAAGAGCCAGGCAUCCGUGGGCAACGAAGCAGAGGGUAUGGAGAAUCAAGAUAUCUUUCUUCAAGUCAUGGAAGUUCAAGAUCUAUGUAUUGGAUCCAGUUCGUCCGACGUUCAGGCGGUUACAGCCUGCUGUGCAUCGCUGCCUGAAAUGGCAGGAAACGGCCGCCAAUGGUAUGAAGCGUCUCUUGUAAGCUCGGCUAUUGAAGCCAUUCUGAGAGCGAAUGCGAACGUUGAAAUUGGAGAACGGACUGACGAAUGGCGGAGCUCUGACCUGCUGGGAAGAGAUGCCACACUUCUUCAUGGGAAUGCGGAUGAGUCCUAUAGUCCGAAUACGAUGCUCAGCCCUGUCGCCAAGGCCAUUGGCAUUGCUGGUCUCGGAGAUCUUCUGCGGUUGACAAAAACUGUUGUCGAGAAAAUGGACGGUAUCGGAUUCUGGAACCACGGUCUGAUCCAUGAUACAGUACAGACGCCGUCGGUCGCCGGCUCUGAUGGCACACUUCUUGGCCUUCCUGUCGCAUUGUCGACAGACCAGACUGUUCAACUUGAACCAAGAAGCUUGGAAUUCGAUGAUCUUGAAAGCGUCAAGGACUUUGGAAGCGUCAUGGUCACUGCAAUGACCAAGAAGUCUUCCGCGGCGUCUUCUGUGAAAGACAAGGAGCAGCUCGAGAUCGACUAUUGGUAA